AUGUUCGAGCUAUUUGUCAAUCCAACAUGCAAUCCGGGUGCCUGGUUCUUUGCCUUCCUGCCGGGUUUGUCAGCAGUCGGAUGUUUGGUGGUACUGCCCAACCUCACCAUUGUUAGGUCCAUCCUUAUGGUCCUUUGCAGACGCUGCAGAUCCAAGACUGGUUAUCUCUACGACGAUGUGGUCAAGGCACGCUUGCAUCGGCGGAUCGUGGCCUCCUACCAGCCUCGAGUGCACCCAGGCUUUCAGACAGCCUUCAAGUUGAUGGAUUUGACAGCCAAUUUCAACGAACAGGGGCUUUCUGACAGCUCCGAGAGCCACGCCUCAACGGACUUGGCUUCAGAACCUGAGCCUGAAGAGGAGAACUUGGCUGUGACGAUCUUCGGCAAAGAGUAUGAAGACAUGGAGUACUUCAAGCGCUUGAAGAAGGAGAAGAAACGGGAGAAGAAGGAGAAGAAGGAAAAGAAAAAGAAAGAAAGUACGGAUCCAUUCGAUGAUCCUGAUGUCAACCCAUACGACCUUGGCGCACAAGAAAAGCACCACAAGAAGAGAAAGAAGGACAAGAAAGACAAGAAGACCAGACAGUGA